UCAAGUCUCUGGUUUUGUAAUGUUCUGCCUCAUUUAUAGAUGUAUUAGAGGGCUACUGUUGGUAUGUAAAUGGUAUUAUGUAACCUGCAUUUGUAUAAUUGGGAAAGUUUUGAUGUUUUUUUGCUUGAGGUACUUGUUAGGUCUAGCUUGUAAGAACUGUACCUUUUAUCUAACGAAAAUUUUCAUUAUAUAGUCCCUUACGACUUGUUUGGGAAGGUAUUUUCUUCCCAGGUGCGGAGUGAUCGUUGAAUUUCUAGAGAAAAUUUUUGUUAAGGAAAAUCCAUGGCAGAGUCCAAUAUUGGAGGCAGCAAAGGUUAUGAAAAAGGGCAACUCGUCAUUGAAGAUGAUCCAGUUGAUUGGAAUAUGGAUGAAUUACUCAGUUACUUGCCGGAUCAACAGACAACAGACCCUGAGCAAAAUCUACAGCAAGGAUUUGAUCCACCUGCAGGCCCAAAUGGAUGUCUACCAGAACCGUCGAUAUAUCCUGCGCCCAAUGAGGCUGCCGCAUCAACACCGUGGCCGAUCGCACAACAAUAUUCAGGUCAAUCCCCGGGAACAUUCCCUGGGAAUCCUUCUUCACAAAUACCAGAUUCUCUUCUCAAAAAAAGAGGGUACAAUAAAAAAUACAGAGCUAACCUAAAGAGAAAAAGGCAGGAACUUGAAGGGCAAAAGAAGUCAUUUGAGGCUGAGAACGAGAGAUUGAAGCGUGGGAAGCAGGAACUUGAAGAGCAAACGAAGUCAUUUGAGGCUGAGAACGAGACAUUGAAGCGUGAGAACGAGACAUUGAAGGGUGAGAAGCAGGAACUUGAAGAGCAAAAGGAGUCAUUUGAGGCUGAGAACGAGACAUUGAAGCGUGAGAACGAGACAUUGAAGCGUGAGAACGAAACAUUGAAGGGUGAGAAGCAGGAACUUGAAGAGCAAAAGAAGUCAUUUGAGGCUGAGAACGAGACAUUGAAGCGUGAGAAGCAUGAACUUGAAGAUCAAAUACAGGUGAAAGAACAAGAAAAGAAGUUCAUCUUGCAGACUGAAUGUAAACAGUUAAGAGAUGAAGUCAAGGCCCAAAGAAGAGACAUGACAGGAGAAGUGACUCAGCUUGGAAAUAAAUUUGACAAAUUGGAGCUAAAGCAACGAAAUCAGAGAACAAAAGGGAAGCGCAGCAUGUCCCCAACCAAAGGGGUUUGGACACCGUCUGAAGAUAAUGAUUCAGAAAAAGAUAUUCCAAUAAUUAACGUAGCAAAAGAAGUGACGCGUGCCAAAAAAACAGAGAUGGAUAGAGCAUAUAGACGGCCGACAAAAGCGGAGGCGGAUAGAGUAUGGAAGUUGGAGCAACUGCUGCUGUUACAACAGCAUCUGCAACCGCGGCUACAACGGCAGCUUCAGCAGCAGCAGCGGCAGCUACAACAGCAACAUCAAUUUACUGGAAUCUUCACUGCAGAUUCACAAAAAGAUAUUCGAAAAAUUAACGCAGCAAAAGAAGCAAGGCGUGCCGAAAAAACAGAGGCGGAUAGAGCAUAUAGACAGCGGAAGCGGGAGCAACUGCUGCUGUUACAACAGCAUCAGCUACAACAGCUGCAGCAUCAGCAGCAGCAGCUACAACAGCUGCAGCAUCAGCAGCAGCAGCUACAACAGCAGCUACAACAGCAACAGCAGCAGCUACAACAGCACCAUCAACAACAGCAGCUACAAAAACAGCAGCAACAGCAAUAGGAAACAACUGAAAAUAGCAAUGCAAGGAAUGGAUGCUGACAGUGACACAAAUGGUGUCAGUUAGUUUAAUUUGGCAAAAACCUACUUUUAGUCCCUUACCUUACCAAGUUUGAAGGAUUUAAUCUCUCACCUUAUACUAGGACAUUUUUAACCCCUCACCUUCCUAGAUUUAUAAGUUUUAAUCUCUCACCUAUUAAAAUCGAAGAAAUUAACCCUUAGUUUAUACUUACUAUUAACUCUAUUAACUCUGUUAGCUGAAAAUAAGUUUUUAUCAACUAAUAGUUAAUUAAUAGUCAAUUAACAGAAUUAAUGAAAUAUUAUAAAAUUAAUUUUGUUAAUUCUAUUAGCUGAAAGAAAUUUUUUGUAAGCUAACAAUCAAUUAACAGUUAGUUAAUAGAGUUAACAGUUAUUUUCUUCAAUUUUAAUGGGUGAGGGGUUAAAUGUGUCGUAAUAUAAGGUGAAAGGUUAAAACCUACAAAUCUAGUAAGGUGAGGGUAAAAAAUGUGUUAAUAUAAGAUAAAGGGUUAAAAUUUUCAAACUUGAUAAGGUGAGGGGCUAAAAGUAGAUUUUUGCCGUUUGAUUUGUACCAAUUAUCAGUUUGUUUUGUUUUGUUUUUUUGUUUUUGUUUUUGGUUUUUUUUUAAAGCAGCAGAUGGUUAACUCGUUUCUGUUUUUAGCAAUUUCUUUUAUUUCCAUGUAAAUUGCAGAAUCGUUCAAUGAAAAGUCUAGUUUUGC